CAACGUACAACAUAUGUAGAUAAAUCUGGAAUAGCCAUAGCCACAACGUACAUUGCAUUUUUAAGUGUAAGGGCUUAUAACAUUUCACUGCUAGGUAAUGCAUAAUGACAGGGUAAACGGUGUAGUAAAAAGUAGAUGUACAGUAUGUGAAAUUGUGGAUUGCUCAUGAACUCAUGAAUACAUGAUAUUAGGUGAAACGAGUAUGUAAUGGCUACUGUAAUAUUGUUAAAAAAACCCUGUUUCGUGUGACAUCAGUAGAAAUGUAGCUGAUGUUAUUCAAAAAACGAUUUUGAGGCUUAAUUGUACAUACAGAUUUUUCUUGAUUAACUGAGGUUAAUAAAAAGCUCAUUUAUUCCAUGACUUCCCCACUGAGUAAUACGUUAACAGAAAAUGACAGUAUUAGAAACAGAAAAAGACGCGGAUAAACGUUCGGUUCCUCCAAGAAAGAAAUUGUGCUUAUCCCUUUCUGGCCGUGAACGUGCAGUUUCUAUUAACAUCUCUCAGGUUCCUCACACAUCAGCUAGAGAGAGCCUUCUGAAUAGAGAAACUUUUACAUACAGUACAAGCAAAAUGUUGAAUGGUUAUCGUAAUCAAAUAAAUAAUCAUCAAGAUGGAGGAUACAAUGUGUCAAAUGGUGGCACAGAGGGUUUAAGAAUAGCCACUUUAUGUAAUUUAGGAAAUACAUGUUUUUUGAAUAGUGUGAUAUAUACUUUACGAUUUGCACCAUCAUUUCUACAUAAUUUGCAUCAUUUAGCCACUGAUUUAUCUAAUUUAAAUGAAAAGCAAUUUCAAACGAAAAUAAAAUCAUCAUCUUUGGGAAGAACUGGCAUGUCGCUUAUGUCAAGUGGUAAUCGUAGUUGGAGUAGUAAAGAUUUAUUAGCUUUGACCGGACCAACUGGAGACAACAAUAAACACAGAAUACAAAUAGCUACAGAAAAACUACAUGAAUUGUUUAUAGCAUUACGUGCAUCUGAAACAAGAGAAAAUAGUGAACCAUAUCAGCCAGAUGCAUUUUUACAAGCACUAAGAGAGGUGAAUCCUAUCUUUGAAGGGAAUCAACAGCAAGAUGCUCAUGAACUUUUGGUGUGUUUAUUGGAUAAUAUCAGAGAAACAUUUCAAUUAUUGGUUCGACACAGAGAAAGCCAAUUUGGUCAAAAUAAUGGAUUGUCAGAUUUUUCUGCAGAACAUUCAUCGGACAUGCAAUCAGAAUGUACCAACACCACAAAGAGAAGCAUUUGUAAAUCUAGGAAAAAGAAGAAAAUAACAACAAGAGGAAGUUCAUCUUGCCUUGUACAGUCUAAUUUGAAUGGCAUAUCAGUGUCUUCUAGACCGUAUGAAAAUGGUCAUUCUGAGUAUCUGGAAAGUAACGGAGAUAUAAACAGUCACAGGCCAGAAAGCAAGAAAUGUUUCAUUUCCGAAGACUUCGAAGGUGUCAGUCUUUUGCGUACUACAUGCCUCGAAUGUGAACAUGUUACAGAACGAAAGGAAACAUUUUGUGAUAUCUGUGUGCCUAUCGACAUUGACCGAUCAAACGAAACUGAUGAAGACGUUAGAUCAAUGGAUAGCAGCGAAGUGUACAAACGUGCAGUAGUUACCAGCGAACUUCUCUGGGGUAGAGAUAAGUAUUGGUGUGCUCGAUGUCUUCGAUACAACGAAGCUAGAAGAGCGGUAUGCUUCCCGUCGUUACCAAGGCUACUCAUAUUGCAGUUAAAACGAUUUUCUACCGCAGCAGGAUCAAUGGAAAAAAUUAAUAAUCAUAUGCCGACGCCAUUGACCUUACAAUGCUUCUGCGAAGAGUGUAACAAUGAUCAGACACGCGGUACAGGUGGUAGGUCAGAGUCUCGACACGUGUACAAACUUUAUUCUGUAAUUAUGCAUCAAGGUGCAACCAUGACAGCUGGUCACUAUAUUGCUUAUACGCGCCUACCCGACGAGUCUGCGUUUACAGAAUACUUCCAAUGCGACAGGGAUAGUAAGAGACAGACUUCCAGUCAUAGCAGUAGCAGCACAAACACGAAUACAUCAUCGUCAGACAAAGCAUCUGGCAUAUUAAGAUACUUCCGAAGUAAACCAAGCGCUAGCGAGUCUAAGGAGCAGUUGUUCAGGGUCGGUUGCCGCAGUAUGGAUUGUUGUGGCGUCAGGCGUCAUAAAUAUCCUAGCACUUGGUUGGAAUGCGAUGAUGAGGCAGUGCAUGUGAUACCCUUAAGAGAGUUGGAAGGAAAAUUAGCACCGAAUCCGCGAAAUUCCGCAACUCCAUAUCUCUUGUUUUAUCAUCAACAGAUCUCGGUCGACUUUGUAAGUAUGGUGUACACUACGUGGACCUACGUGGCUCUUGCUGCUGCCGUUUGGAUAUUAUUGAGACUGAUCCAGGCGUGCUUCUGUUUGCCGCGUCAAUUGAAGAGGCAAACCGACAUGCGGCGAGUGCUACGAGAAAAGGUCGAAGGCUACGAGAAAUAUAUAAUAGAGUGCGAGCAACGCGAAAUGGCGGAGCAGAAGUUGCGGGGGGAUGAUACGCCGAUGGACCCGGCGCUGGCAGAGCAAUGGAAAGAACGAAGAGAAUGCCUGGAGAUGUUGAAAAGAGAAUUAAACAAAGUGCACGAAAAUAAAGACCCGUUGGACAUGAGCGAUUACUUAGAUGAAUUCGACAAGGAUGAGAAGGAUCUUCUUAAUAUCACAGAGAUACAAGAUGACGGUUCCAAUGGCAACUGCAAGGAGAAAAUGGACAAGCAAACGAUCAAUUCAGAUCGUAAAAAGAUUAAGUAAUCGCAUCCUUUGUAUGGCUCCUUUUAAAUACUGUUUUACCAUCGCGAUAAGUAAUCGAGAAUUUAUAAAAAAAGAUUGUACAACCGUAUCCGUCACAGUCUCACAUAUAUCUGUGAUGUAACGACGACAAAGAAAACUGUUUUCUAUGAGUAAAAAUGUUUUAUUUAUAAGCGUCGGUUAUUCUAUAUAGUUGAAACGUAAUUCGCGACGAUAAUGACGUAUUCCUAUCGAUAAUGUUUCUUAUUUCGAGCAGCAAUUAGAAUAUAUGGAAAAUAUUUUUAGGAUAAAAGAGAGAUAUUUUUUAUUUCGAAGGAUUUUUCGCGAGCAAUUAGAAAAGCCGUUUACAUACUAUGAUGAACCGUUAACAGGGAACUGAGAUUUCUGACUGUAUAUUGGCUUUUAUCGAUAACCUCGUCACGCUAUCUUGUAUUGUCUUUUUAUCUCUUAUCCGUCAUCCGAAUAAAAUUUUGCUCAACUCUGCAUGAGAUAACCACAGACACGAUUGCGACGCUAUAACGGGAAGUGUGUAGCAGUUUCCUAUAAAUAGGAAAUCUCGCGGCCUCUUUGGCGUACAAUUAAUUCACGUACACGUAAUUGACGUUUCGUACACGUAUUUCGUACGAAAUCUGCGUAACAAUUUCAGCGAGAUAUCUUUAGAAUCGAACAUAGUACGACACACAAUAGUGACCACUUUGUCGUAAUGGACUGACAGCACUGUGAACUGUACAAAUUAUUAAUCGUAUAUUAUUGUCGCAGUAAUAUACUUAAUAUAUACUUAUUAUUGUAUUUUACUUGCAUACGAGAGAUGUUUUCACCGGCAACUAAACGAAUCGUGAUUUAA